AUGCGACACACGACGUUCUCUCGAACGCCCCCGGAUUCUCCAACGUCUUCCUCUCCGCGCUCUCCGAAUAACCCGGCGGUAUCCACGCCUUCCGGAGAGGCGAUAUUCAACGGGAACGGAAGUCCUUCGAAACACAUCUCGCAAUUGAUGGAGUUGAACUGUUCGGUCGGGAAAGGGAGAAGGAAAAUCAAUAAUACUAACAACACAACGAAUACGAGUAGUUUAUUAGAGUCGAGCGCGUCCAUGCCUUCGUUGUCCCAAAACCACCACCAAAACGAACAUUCGUUCCGCUCGAAAGUGGACGAACGCGUCUCCGCGAACGGAGGGAAUCGGGAACCAUUUUUGAUCGGCGUCGCCGGAGGCACGGCGUCUGGGAAGUCCACCGUGUGUAAUCUCAUCAUGAACUCGCUGCAAGAGAAACGAGUGGUGCUGUUAGCGCAGGACUCGUUUUAUCGACCUUUAACGGAGGAGGAGAGGCGAAACGUGAAACAGUACAAUUUUGAUCACCCGGACGCGAUUGAAUGGCCUUUGAUCGUGAAGACGCUGAAAGAUUUACUGUUAAGAAGGAACGUGAAAGUGCCGGUGUAUGAUUUCGUGACGCACUCGAGGAAAGAAGGGGUGGAUAUUAACGUCGAACCCGGGGACGUGAUUAUCAUCGAAGGUAUUUUGGUGUUAGCGAUGGAAGCGGUGAGAGACUUGUGCCACAUGAAGAUUUUCGUAGACACCGACGAUGAUUUACGUUUGGCAAGAAGAAUGAAAAGAGACACGUUGGAGCGCGGGAGGCAGGUGGACGGGGUGAUUUUACAAUAUACGACGUUCGUGAAACCGAUGUUUGAGGCGUACGUGUCGCCGUCGAAGAGAAACGCCGAUAUCAUCAUCCCUUGGGCGGGUGGUCAAAACUCCGUCGCGAUUGAUUUAAUCGCGAAGCACAUUCGCACAAAGCUCGGCCAAACAGAUUUGAGGAGAAUUUACCCCAACUUGGUCGUGUUACCGCCGCACUUCCAGAUUCGAGGGAUGCAUACGAUUAUUCGCGACCGAACGGUGUCCAGGUCAGAUUUCGUCUUUUAUUCCGACCGCAUCAUUCGUUUAGUCGUUGAACACGCGUUGGGGUAUUUGCCGUUUAAAGAGCACCAAAUUGAAACACCGACUGGAGAGACGUACCGUGGCGUUUCCUUUUAUUCAAAAAUAUGCGGGGUGUCGAUGAUUCGAAGCGGCGAGGCGAUGGAAAACGCGUUGAGAGCGUGUUGCAAAGGCAUCAAGAUUGGUAAAAUUUUAGUGAAAAGAAGAGAUAAAGAUGGUCUGGGAAGUGAUUUAUUGCGACGCGAAUCGCCACCGGUUGAAGAGGAGGAAAAUAUCGACAACUUAGAUUCCGACGAGGACGAGUUAGACGCGAGUAAAUUACCGGACGUCUUGUACCAGAAAUUGCCGUAUGACAUUUCCGAACGGUACGUCUUACUCUUGGACCCGUUGUUAGCGACUGGAUAUUCCGCCAUGGCGGCGAUAAAUAUGUUAAAGGCCGAGGGUGUUUUGGAGGAGCGCAUUUUGUUCGUCUCCGUGAUUGCGUCCACGCAAGGCGUGCACCAAUUGUGCACUAAAUUCCCGAGGAUGAAAAUCAUCACGUCCGAAGUCGACGCGGGAUUGUCGGAUGAUAAUCGCGUGUUGCCCGGAGUCGGGGAGUUUGGCGAUCGGUAUUUUGGCACCGAGAAAGAAGACAACGAGUUUAUGGUCGGUUCUCCGAGUAAAUUUUGA